CUGACAGUUGAGAGACGAUAGUGACGUUUAAAGUACAUACCUACUUUGCAAUCGGAAAUCCGAAAUUUAUUCUAUUGAUCACAGAUUAGUAUAUAUAGUCACACAUUGUUUCGUUUUGGUUAUUAUGGCAAAACAGCGAGGAAGAAUUUAUUUAGGCUAUAAGGACGAAAUAAUAAACGAUAAAAACCAAACUCUGUUAAACUACACAGUUAAUAAAAUAGGGGGACUGCCCGACUGGCCACCUCUAGCAAACAUACAAUUUCCAUCCAAGUGUCCACUCUGUGGACUACACAGGCUUCAGGUGGUGCAGUGCUACGCGCCAUUGGAGAAUUCAGUGUACCAUCGCACCUUGUAUGUUUUCGCCUGUAUUAAUCCAAACUGUUGGAUUCAAUCUGAAAGUUGGCUAUGUGUCCGAAGUCAAUACCAAGACAAUUCAGAGACAGAAUCAAAUGCAAUGGUUGUGAUGCCAAACACUGAUGCGCAUCUCACAUGGUGCUACGGAGCUGAUGACUGGGAUGAAAAUGAUAAUGGUGAUAAUGCCAAUGGAAACUAUAUGAAUGUUGACAAUGCACCCAGCCCAAACAGUCAAAUUCAAAGGAAUUCAGAUGAAGAGGAAGAAAGCAACUCAUUUGAACUGGAAACUGUUGAGCAGGCACUUGGGAAUUUACAAGUGUAUGAUGCACACAAUGCUAACACAUCGCCAGUUCAAGGCGCAGUUGGGGCCAUCUCGGCACCAGUUGCAGCUGCAGAGUUGGAGGGGGGAGACGAGCCUGGUCUUGUAACAGUAGACACCCCAACAGCACCCACAAAUGACUUAGAAUCUCUGCUACAUGAGACAUCUGAACUCCCAGGAGAUUUGAGGAGUCGCCUUGUAUGCGGCCAGUUGCAAUUUAUACCAAUGUUCAUUUACGUUGAAGAGGAAUGGAAAAAGACUGUUAACAGUGAUGACAAAGUAAACGAAUUGCUCAAUAAAUAUAGAUUAGAGAAUGAAAUAGAAGCUAGCGGCAUAGAACGUGCUGCCAGCGGCGUGGGCGCCGGCGAGGAGGAAACGUACGAAGACGAGGCGCCUCUCCAUGGUGACAGACUGUUCCACGCUUUCCUAUCACGAUUACGAAAGCAUCCAGGACAAAUACUAAGAUACUCCCGCGAGGAGCCGCCCACGCUGGGCGCGGCGCUGGCGAGCGCGGCGAGCACGCCCGAGGCGCCGGGCGCGCGCGCGGCGUGCGGCGCGCUCGGUGCGCACGGUGCGCUCGGCGCGGCCGGCGCGCCCGCGGCGUGCGCCCGCUGCGGCUCCCGACUCAUUUGUGAGCUGCAACUCGUCCCGGAAUACGCGGAAACUCUCCGUUUGCCCAACCACGCGCCUCUGCCGCAUUUACACUUUCUCUCCGUACUUAUUUUCACAUGUUCGCAGAGUUGCUGGCAGUCGACCGACACGCUUGUAAAAGAACAUGUGGUAUUCCAGGCAGAAAUCGUUUAAAUUUUGUGUUUAUAUUCAUCCAAAAUGUUUGUUGUAUUAAAGAUAUUUGCCUGUGACACGUAAAAUUUGCCAACAUUUUGUUGUUCGUCUAAUAACAUGUAUUAUCAUGCCCUGGUGUGAUUGAAGUACAUCUGGCGAAUGAAGUUUUGAUUGAAAAUGUUGUGGAUUUAUUUGAAGUGGAGCCAUGAAAGGCUUUAUCUUUUAUUCCCGAAAAUAAACACAUAUUCGUAUUUUUCAUAUACAGUUAUGGUGUUAGUUAAAACGCAAAACAUAUGCGUAAUAAACAUUUAAAUUAUCCUGUACUAUACUUAAUAUGUCUAUAGAUUUUUAUUUAUCAUCUGUGGGUAAUCUCCAUGGUCGAAACAUGGUUAUUACAAGUAGAGUGAAUGUUGAGUAUAUUAACGCAUUAAAACUGUUUCUUUAUUAUAAUUACAACACUACAGCUGUCUCGGAGGAUAAAGGAUUUUGCGAUUUUACUCUAUUCUAAUUCUAAUUUUUCAUUUCAUUAAUUUUCAAUUGAAGAUCGAUGAAUCUGAGCAAUAUAUGCAUCAGUACAAUGCAUGAUUAGUCCCUUUGAUAUAAAUCUGUGAUUAAAUACUAUACUGAUAUAUUUUUUAAAUGUCUAUAUAAAGACCUUUUAAGAUUAUUUUUAGUGAAGAAUGUGGUUAUGAGGAGGAAGGGUAUACAUCAGAAGUCGAUCGACUAUCUCGAUCGCCAUUUUCGGAUUGACCGCGAUAAGACCAAUCAGAAUAGAGCUUAUUUGAUUGGUCUAUUUUCGGGAUCGAUAGCAAAAACGACUAUUACAAAGAUGAAAGAUCUUCGCUUGAAGAAUAGUUACGUCUUUGAUAAUAUAAUGCGACCUGAAUUACAUUGCAAGUAAAAAUUACGUAUUACAUAUAUUUGGGGUAGGUACUAAAUUUUAUUAAAUGUUCCAAUACCUAGGUGACUGAGGUUUGCUUGUGAAAAGUCGAAGAAAAGAAACUUAUAAAUCGCCUUGUCACACCAAAAAAGCCAUGUAAUUUUUAUCAUAAACUGUCGCAACGUUUUCGAUAAAUCUAUCACAAAUAUCGCAUUGGGCCGACACUUUGAAGGAAAGACAAUAAGCUGAAAUUCACCACAUGUACUGGCUUCGUAUAUACGUGUAUGUUUCAAAAACAUUUCAGCAAUUAUUAUAAUUAUUGAUAUUAAUUAGUUCACCAAAAUAAAUUGAUUGUUUUUCAAUCUGACAAUCCUGAAUUUGAUAUUAUCUAAAUUCAUUUAAUUAGAUCAUACCAAAUUCACUAGAUAACUCAUAUAACAUAUUGUGUUCACAGCAAGCAUAUAUGUUUUGAAUUGCAAUAUUUUUCCAUAUACCCAUAGCAUUUCAGUGACAAGUAUGUACAGAAUGUAAUUUUAAGAAGUAUAUUGCUAAUUAUUAUGGAUAUUAUAAAGUGGAAAGGCAGUAGUGUGCGUCAAUGACAAGUCCAUAAAUAACUGCCAUGUGAAAGUAACAAAAGUGCAUUUACUAGAAUUCGAGGGAAAUGGGAAGUUGAAAUCAAAUGAUUCUUCCAUUAUAUAUCACUCACUAUCUUUGCUAUGAAUCUUAACACUCAUAUUUAAAAUAAACUUUGCCUCAAUAUUUAUUAGUAACCGUCCUAUCAUAUGAAGUAAAUAGUGUUUGCCUAUAUUUUAUGGUCAUUGUAGUUAUUUAGAUACAACUGGUAAACAGUGAGUUAUUAUAUAGCAAAAGUUAAAGUCUUUAAAUAGUUUCGUGUAUGUGCAAUCAGCAAUGUAAUAUACCAACUAAGAUAAAUUAUAAUUAGAAAUAUUCAAUUUUAGUGAUCAAAGGUUUGGUGUUCUUGGCUGCUACUAUAUACUUAUAUGACGCUGAAUGUAGGUACUUAUAAAUAUACAUUUCAAUGUUAGACAUUUGAUUUAGAUGUAGAUGUCCUUAUAUUUAAUGGAAAUCAGAAAA